AUUCAUUUUCAUUCGUUGUUGGUACUCUCUGUGUGUGUUUUCAAUAAAGCGAGCGGCGCGCGAACCGAGCCAUAAGCCAAAACCAAACCAUACCAUACCAUACCAUAUAUAUUCUGUAUUUUUACGAUACCAUACUCUGCAUAGUGUAUAGUGUAUAGUGUAUAUACCAACAAAAAAAAAAACACAAGCGAUACGAUACGAUACGAAAAGCGUAUGUGCAGUGCUGUUUGUUUAUUUUUUACCAGCUAAAAACAAACCACAAAACAAAUCAGCCCAAGCCGCGAGCGUUUCGCGCUAUACAAUAAAAAAAUAACAAAUAAAAAAGGCAAGAAACAAAAACAAAAAACGUGUGUGAACAGUGUGAAUUUGGAGAUUUUCGAAUUUUGAAAUUCGAAUUUUUUUUGGCUUGUAUCGUACCACCAAGCGUACAUACAGACAUACACUCGCAUCCGUGCAUACAUACGUGCAAUAAUCAAUACAAUACGACGUACAACAAACUGCGUAGAACAGUAUUAAAACUAAAGAAGAAAAAAGACAAAAACUGGCUUAAGACUUGCGUUCGUGUGCGUUUUACAUACACACACACACACACACACACACAAUACAUAUUUGUGCAAGAAAGAAAGUUACUAAUUAGGACUAAAAGUGAAGGAAAUCGAAGGAGGGACUAACUAUAAAGCCUAUACACCAGUAAAACAAUCGGACUCGAUCCGAUAUUCACAGUUAUGGAACACUUUCAUCAAAUACAGCAAACAAUUCAACACUAUCAGCAGCAACUGGCUGCUCAGCAACAACAACAAGUACAACAGCAACAGUUGCAACAGCACCAGGUGGUGGUGCAGCAGAAUCAACAGCAGGCGCACCAGAAUAGCUCCAAUACCACAGCCGGCGUGGGCACCCAACAGCUGUUCACAUACAAAAUGGCCAGCAGUUUUCCGAAUCCGGCCACAACGAUGGCCCAGGUGGUGGCCACCUCGAAUGCAGCCGGCACCACAGGCUAUGAUUAUCGUCUAAAUAUGGCACAGGCGGCCGCAGCAGCCGCCGUACCGGGCUCCCAAUGGUGGUACUCGGCCGCCAAUCAGGGCCAGGUCGAUGCGAAUACGGCGGCUCAACUGCAGCACCAGCAGCAGCAACAGCAGCAGCAGCAACAACAGCAGCAGCAACAGCACCAGCAGCAACAACAGAUGCAACAGCAGCAGCAGCAACAGAAUGUCAUCAACUCGGUGGCGAGCCCCAUGAUCAGAGGCAAGGCAGAUGCCAAGCCCAGAGGCCGAAUGACCGCAUACGCCUACUUUGUACAAACUUGCCGAGAGGAGCACAAAAAGAAGCAUCCCGAUGAGACGGUUAUAUUUGCCGAGUUCUCACGAAAGUGUGCCGAAAGGUGGAAGACAAUGGUUGACAAGGAGAAGAAGCGUUUCCACGAGAUGGCCGAGAAGGACAAGCAGCGAUAUGAGGCCGAGAUGCAAAACUAUGUGCCGCCCAAGGGAGCGGUUGUGGGCCGUGGCAAGAAGAGGAAACAAAUCAAGGAUCCCAAUGCUCCAAAACGUUCAUUGUCUGCGUUCUUCUGGUUCUGCAAUGACGAGAGAAAUAAGGUGAAGGCACUCAAUCCCGAGUUUGGAGUGGGCGACAUAGCCAAGGAGCUGGGAAGAAAGUGGUCCGAUGUGGAUCCCGAGGUCAAGCAGAAGUACGAGUCGAUGGCAGAGCGAGACAAGGCUCGAUAUGAACGCGAGAUGACCGAGUACAAGACGAGCGGGAAAAUAGCCAUGUCCGCACCGUCGAUGCAGGCGUCGAUGCAGGCGCAGGCACAGAAAGCCGCGUUACUUGCCGCCGCUGCCCAGCAGCAACACCAGCAGCUGGAAGAGCAGCACGACGACGACGAUGGGGAUGGAGAUGAUGACGAGAACCAAUAGGUUUAGCAGUAAAUACUCUUCACUAUUUAUACACACGCUCGUUGUCACGAUGGAGAUGCAGAACGAUGAACAUGAUAACGUUGGUCGAUCUAUUCUCAGGUUGGCCAAUGUGUGUUGAAUAUAUAUUUAUAUAUAUAAGGGUGUUCCUUUUUAGAGGUUCCGUUUACCGGUAACAUCAACAAAUUGUCACCAUUUGAUUCAGUUCUUCUGAAGAUUAAAAAUAUAGGCUAACAAUAUGGGCGAAAAAGGUUCUAAUUUUUAAGGAUGUGCUUGGAUCUCUUGUGAAUCUCGAAUGGAAAAUGAGUGGUCUUGGUCUCUUUCGAAAGGAUUUUUCACUCCCAAAGUCCAGCUAAAAAUCCAACUAGCACAGACAUCUCUUGAACGUUCAAAAGGGGUUUUUUUUUGAAGAAGAAGUAGGCUAUAAAAACAUUGUUCCUAGUGUAUUUCGAAACAGCACGAAAUCUCAGGAGAUUCUGUGAAACUUGUGCGAUUUCUUGAAGCGAUUUGCUGCAAACCAACCGAGGGCAAAAUCUCUACAGAUUUCUGUGAUUGAAAAACCAAAGCACAAAUUGUUUACUUUUUAUUUUUUGGUAUUUUUGUGAGAAUUUGAUUGUUAUCGGGAAAUGGAACCUCUAAAAAACACCUAUUAUAUAUAUGUAAAUGCAUAUAUAUAAAUAAUAUAUAAUUUUUUUUUUUAACAUAAGUAAUCAAAUUUCCAUGAAUUAUGAAGAUAAAUCACAAAGAAACCUUUUAUAAGUUCUAUGUUAAGAUGAAUACGAUUAAGUAUGGUUAGAUUAAAAUGACACUCAUCUGUCUGCGAACCUUAUUUGUGCUUCAGUGCUAAGUUUCUCCUAAACGUAAUAAGAAGAAUUAUUUUAUAAAUUGAAGAAAUUCAUCAUGAUGUCAUUCGUUCUCAGCAACUAUGAAGGUUACCACUACAUUUAUAAAUAUUGGUACAUAUUUCCCAUUUAUUAAAGUUAGAUUCACCAUAAUGAAACUACAAUUAAUGCGUUCGAGUUUAUAUGUCCCCAACAAGAAAAGAAAAAACAAACUCAAUCAAACGUGAUAAUGUGAAAUACUUAACUCAGUGGCGGGUGAUAUCUCGAUCUAUCUUUUUUUUGCCUCUCUAAACCAUACGAAUAUAUAUACAUAUAUAUUUAAAAGCAAAAAAACAGGAAGAAACACAUUUCAGUUCAUUUCAUAUUCUAAUUACCUUCAUUUAGCAGUUCAGUUUUGCGAUUCUUGAGUUAGGAUCCUUGGAGAGAUUUGGGUUUGUGUUCAUUUGUAAAUAUAUACAUCAAUUAUAAUAGCCACGAUCAUAAGAUUCAGCGUUUUGAGGCAGGGAGCUACCAAAACGAUAUCUCGGACAUUGCAACAAUUGUUGACUUGGCCAUGUACAUACUAUUUGAAGUAUUAUUUAGAUGAGACUACGUAGAAAUUAACGAGAAUCGAGAGCAAAUAAAAAGAAAAAUACAACCCUAAUAUUAGAGUAGAUUUCAGCGGGACUGCAAAGUAAUGUAAAUUGCGUAGUAAGUUUGAGGGGGCGAAGUGAAAACUAGUUUUUACGUCGAUCCUAAAGACCCAAUGAAUGUUCCAGGCACAGAAAGUGUUUAUGCAGAUGUAAAGGGAGACGAUCCUCCGGCUUUUGUUAUCCAUUUGCAUCGGUUGGAAGCCCGUUUCUCUUUAUAUGGCAUGUAUAAGCUAAGUAGUGGUUAGAUUAUAACGUGAUAAGAGAGGAGCUGAAACUAUAGCGAAGGACGCGUCGAUGGUCAGUUAACCAGGACGUCUCUAUCUACAAUAUAGUAUAUCCCUAACUUCGCUCUCCCCACGUUAUGAGUGCGACAUAUUGUAUAUGUAUGUAUUUAUAUAUAUAUAUUUUUAGCAUCAUUUUGAUAGAGAAUAACUCGCCACCGAGAUUAUAUUCAUAGAGAGAUGUGUUUAGGUUAAACCUUUAAAUCCUAAUUUUCCACAAAUUGACGGUAAUCAUCAUCGCCACACACAUAAUAAAUUACUAUGAAAAAUUCCAGUUCCCUGUGCGCUUUGUUAUAAGAACUAAACUAUUAUAAAAUAAACUUUUAGAAAUGAGA